AUGGACAAAGACAAGUACCUAAACGAGGCUCAUAGACAGCUCUCAGACGAACGCUUUUAUAAAAAGUUACAGUCUGACCCCACCGAAGAGUUCUCUACCAAGAUCACCGAAACCCUCCAGCAAAUGUACAACAAGGGCGAGAUCGGUGACAAUGUUUUGGGAGCGCUUUGUCCUUACAACUGUAGACCAGGACUAUUCUAUCUACUGCCUAAAAUUCACAAAAAAGACAUGCCAGGCCGUCCUAUAGUCAGCGCCAUCGGACAUCCCACGGAGAAAAUCUCUGAAUUCAUUGAUUUACAUCUCCGUCAGCACGUAGAAGAUUUACCAUCAUACUUGAAGGACACCACUGAUUACCUUAAUAAAACACCCUCAUCGGGCCUGCCAGACCAUACCCUCCUUGUGACCAUGGAUGUUACUUCACUUUACACUAACAUUCCACAUGACGAGGGUAUCGAGGCGUGUAGAGAGGUUUGGAACAAUAGGGUAAUUAAAUGUCCUUCAACUGAAUCACUCAUUCAGCUUCUUGAACAUGUCCUCAAGUUCAAUAACUUCAUGUUCAAUGGUGAACACUACCUGCAAAUAAGUGGCACAGCUAUGGGAACAAAAAUGGCACCAUCGUAUGCCAACAUCUUUAUGGGGAGACUGGAACGUAGACUUCUACAUUAUUCACCAGUUAAACCCCUCAGUUGGCUACGUUUUAUUGAUGACAUUGAGAUGAAGUGGGUUAACGGUCGUGAAAGCCUGGACGAUUUUAUCGAGAUGGCAAACUCUUUCCAUAAUUCCAUCAAGUUUACUGUGGAAAUUUCCACCUCAAAUAACACGUUUCUGGAUACCACAGCCACAUUUAGAAACGGGGAAAUUGAGUUUAAUCUCCACACCAAACCCACUGACUCUCAUUUAUACCUUAUGCCAUCUAGUUGUCAUCCACCCCACACUUUCAAAGGUGUACCUAAGGGUUUGGCUACGCGAAUCCGCCGCAUCUGUUCCACUCCUACUAUUUUCCAAGAACAAGAAGCAAUCCUCAAACCUCAUCUCACUAACAGAGGAUAUGAUCCUUGCAAGGUACAAUCCGCGAUUGAUGAGAUGUCACUACAGGACCGACAGUCCCUCCUCUAG